AUGACGCUGCGGCUGGCGGCCUUGCAGCUCAUCGCCAUCGCGCCCGCCCGCUGCUACCACACUGAGCUUCAUCAUCUCGGACCGCGGCGCCUUCUCGGACCGCUCCGGGCCGCCGUCGUCGCGACCGAGGAGGACCGGUCAGAGGCGGUGCCGACAGCCGCUACCGGGCGCGGCUUUGGCUCCGCGGACGGCGGCGCACGUGGCUUCGGCGAGUGGCAGGAGGAGGACGAGGACGAGGAUGAGGAGAUUGACAGCGGCAUGACUCCGGAGCAGCGCCGCGCGUGGCGGCGCACCGUGAUGACGCGGUGGGCCAAGCUCGUGCAGGAGAAGGGCGGCGACGCGGGCGCGGAGGGCGGAGAGGUGGUCGCCGCGUUCGACCGCGUCUCGCUCCGCCUCGGCGAGCGCCUCGUCCUCGCGCCACAGUCGUGGGCCGUGCGGCGCGGGCAGCGACUCGGCGUGCUCGGCGAGUCAGGCUGUGUGGAGGGGAGGUGA